CACCACCAUCGACGCCUCUCCACGAUCGACACUCCCGUCCAUGGCAUUUCUUCCAUAGCCGUUCUGACUUCAAUCCACACGGGGGCCCGCUUGUCACGUCACCCGCACUCUUCAUCCUGUCUCCGCGCAUAGGACGGACUCGUGUCACCCCUUCUCCGGGCCCGUGAAACAUUCUACAACGACGUCGGAUUGUCUCUGGUUGCCCUUUUCUUCUGGGUGAGAUCGCGUUUGCGCACGCUCCGGGGGCUUUGAGAGCGCUCUAGAGCCGUCGGCCCACGCCUGCCUACUCUUCUCCUAUGGCCGUGGCAUCCCCCCACCAGCCUCCGACGCUUCAGCAAUUGACGCCUCCGAACAGCUCUCACGGGGGACGAGGAUCGUGGGAUUUUGCAGUGCCUUUGGAUAACGGGAAGACAACUGCCGACCAGAAGCCUUUAAUGUCCGAAGACGUCCCCGCCGCGCAACUGCUCUCGUCCCGCCAGCCUCUCGCACCCCAGCCCAAUGGCGUAACCAAGCAGCCUCGUUCCAACACGUUAGACUCCCAACGGCAACGCUACGACGAGGAUGCAGGAUACCUCGCGCCGACUCGGGUCAACGAACUGCAGAGGAAGGGCAGUGACAUCAGUGCCAAUAGCAGCGACCCAGACAGCCUCCUAGACUACUACAAGAACUCCGAGAGCAAGAAUGGGAGCCGAACGGCGUCACAAACCGCGGCGAACAAGAAAAAGACGGCAGGUGGAGCAAAUUGGACCGAGGCUGAGAAGGACGAGAACAACUGGAUACACCGAGAUAAGCUUAAGGAAAUCGAGACCAAGGAAUUGGAGGAGGCGGGAUUUCCAGUUGGACGCACCAGUCGAUCGAAUAGCAGAUCCCACAGCGCCUCAGUGGGUGCUAGAGACCGUAGAAACUCUGAAGCAAACGAUGCCGCGCACAAUGGAGACGAUCGCCAUGACAAACGACGGGUGGUCUCCCCUAUACCCGCCGAGGAUGAGGAGGGGGACGAUGAUCCGGCGCAGUGGGACCUGCGAACCCCUGAUGAAAUAGCAGCUGAGAGGGAGAUCUCCCCACCACGGAACCAUAUCAUCAGACCUAGCACCUCACGCAUCCCUAUCGCAAAGACCAGUCCAGCGCCGGUUCCCCACGCGUACGUCGAGCGAGAUGUACCGCUGCCAAGAUCCCGCAAAGGAAGCGCGAAUUGGACCGGUGAUGCGAUAGCCACCAACGGAGCAAGAGUGAGGAGUGGAAGUACUUCAAGUCAGGUUCUAAUGGAUGAUUUAGAAGGAUCUGGGGACCACCUCAAGACUCCACUCCGAGGAGACUUCAGCAGUCCCACGUCUCCUGUCACGGGAUCACCUCCAAAAGCAAAGACUCCUGGAAAGCUUGCUCCUAUAUCGGGGGGCCGGAAAGGCACUGCGCAACGAAGUACCUCAACCGCAAAAUCUCGAAACACAUCCGCAACAUCUCCUGCUAAACGUCCUGGGACGAGUGGUGGGUCUAUUUCUCGACCGACUACGGGUCACCGGCCUGAGGGUGACCCACCAUGGAUGGCUACCAUGUACAAGCCCGACCCUCGACUCCCUCCUGAUCAGCAGAUCAUCCCAACACAUGCGAAACGGAUGCAGCAAGAGCAGUGGGAGAUUGAGGGCAAGCAUGGUUCCAUAUAUGAUCGGGAGUUCAGACUCCUGAACACAGAGGAAUUCAACAAACGCGAUUCCCAAAUUCUUCAGCCAACCGACAAUCAAAAGGACGAAGAUGAUCAACAAUGGCCUCUCCCAAGCCCUACGAAAAAUAGUCCAGGUCGUCAGGACACGGGCCUGAAAUCUCCAACAAACGAGCAAGGCGGUUACAAGCUGACCCCUAAAAUACCACAAAGCCCUCGUAUUCCAUCCCGCAACUCAGGACAUCGAUCAACAGCUUCUCCGAAGAAUACCAACACGACUCGCCUACCCGAGCCGUCAGCAGAAGAGAAGCAGAAGAAGAACUGCUGCUGCAUUUCGGACGGAGAAGAGCCCACGUCUCCCGUCGAAGCCGCCGCCGAAGUCGAAGUCAGCGCCGAUGCCGCGACAGGCAAAGGCCAGAUGUCCGUGCUCGAGGCCCUGAAAGGUGUCCUCAAGCUCGCGCUCAUCCACGAUGGUCUCGCCCGCGGCCUGCGCGAGGCUUCCAAGGCUUUGGAUCGGCGCCAGGCACACAUGUGUGUUCUGAAUGAAGCGUGCGAGGAAGAGGCAUAUAAGAAGCUUGUUGUGGCGUUGUGCAGCGAGCAUAAGAUUCCGUUGAUUAAGGUCCCCGAUGGGAAACAGCUUGGAGAGUGGGCUGGGUUAUGUCAGAUCGAUCGUGAAGGCAACCCCCGCAAAGUUGUCAACUGUUCUUGCGUCGUCGUUCGCGACUGGGGUGAGGAGAGCCAGGAACGUAGCAUCCUGCUCAACUACUUCCAGACUGAGCAGUAAACUUCCCCACCUUCCCCAACUGUUCCCCUGACGCCCUCGCUACCUGUACGACAAUUUCAACUUCAAUUCGACAUUCUCGCCCGUUUGUGCAUCGGGUUGGCUUCGGUUUUCGUGGUAUGGUCCAGUGAUGGAUAGUGAUCUGGAAUGGUUAGAUGGAUGGGAUUAUGGGUUUGGGGCAUUAUCUGUGUAGCUAGCUGGGUGCAUGCGGUGUGAGGUUACGUUGCCAAAUCCAAAAAAAUGAACGUCUGAUCAAUAAAUCUUUUCGUUUGAC